GAGCUGGGUAAUGAUUUGUCAUUUCAAGGGCUGGGGUGUCUCUCUUUGUGGAGGAAACCUUGGCCGUGAUUGACAGCAGGGCUGUUUUUGCCUCUUCCCUUGCCGUUGACAAGUAAUAAUGAAGCUUUGUCAGUCCAUCAUGGACAUGGAUAUGCCUGAUUAUGUCGACUCCUUGGAUUCAUCUUAUACCAUGCUGGAAUUUGAAAACCUGCGGGUGCUUCCGAAUAACACUGAGGCCAUCACAGCCGAGUCAACAAACACCAACCUGCUCACCAAUGGCAUUGGCUCCCUCUGCUCCAUUUGCGGGGAUCGGGCAACUGGCAAACACUAUGGAGCGUCCAGCUGUGACGGGUGCAAGGGCUUCUUCAGGAGGAGUGUCCGCAAGAACCAUGUCUAUUCCUGCAGGUUCAGCCGACAGUGUGUGAUAGACAAAGACAAGAGGAACCAGUGCCGAUACUGCAGGCUGAAGAAAUGCUUCAGGGCCGGCAUGAAGAAAGAAGCUGUGCAGAAUGAACGUGACAGGAUCAGCAUUCGCAGAAGCAGCUAUGAGGACAACGGCUCGCUGUCAAUUAACGUACUCACUCAGGCUGAAGCCAUGGCACAGCAGUAUUCAUCACUGAGUCCUGUGCAUAGUGCAGAUAUUGCAAUGAAGAAGGUUGCGACGAUCAACGAUGUGUGCGAGUCUAUGAAACAGCAGCUUCUGGUCUUGGUGGAAUGGGCAAAAUACAUCCCAGCAUUCUGUGAGCUUCCGCUCGAUGACCAGGUUGCCUUACUCAGAGCUCAUGCAGGGGAACACCUGCUCCUUGGGGUAGCUAAGCGGUCGAUACCAUACACUGAUUUUCUGUUAUUAGGGAACGACUUCAUCAUCCCAAUGCACUGCCCAGAACUGGAAAUUGCUCGCGUGGCCACCAGAAUCUUGGAUGAAUUGGUAAAGCCCUUGCGAGACAUCCAGAUAGACGACAAUGAGUAUGCUUGCCUUAAAGCCAUCAUCUUCUUUGAUCCAGACUGCAAAGGCCUGAGUGAGCCCGGUAAGGUCAAGAACAUGAGAUUCCAGGUCCAGGUCAACCUGGAGGAUUACAUCAACGAUCGCCAAUAUGACUCACGAGGCCGGUUCAGCGACAUCCUCCUCCUCCUGCCACCACUUCAGAGCAUCACCUGGCAGAUGAUUGAACAGGUCCAGUUCGUGAAGCUCUUUGGUGUGGCACGGAUUGACAGCUUGCUGCAGGAAAUGCUGCUGGGAGGAACUACCAUUGAUCUCCAGUACCAGUCAGGACCUCCCAGCCUCAGCCUGGACCCUCUGCCAGGACACGUCCUCCCAAGCAGCAUGAGUUCUGUGAUUCACACCGCUCCAGACCCAUCUCCUGAAACAUCCCUUCCAUCUCCUUCUACAAGCACAGGCAGCGAAGACUAUAAACUAGGCUCUAGUGCAGGCCCCACCACGGUAGCACAGAUCUUGCCUCAGACAGUUAUACCAAAGCAGGAAAUUUUAUAGGCGGAGGUGGAAGGAGAAGCUGGGAGCUAUGUGGAAACCUUGCUGAAAAUGAAACGGGCCCUUUCUUUUUGCAGAGGCAAAGCACAGCAAUUCCCUGCUUGUAACCGGAUCUGUUGGUCAGACUCUUUCCUGUCUGUGAGCAAAAGCAUCAGUCAGCAGCCUGCAGAACGACUGAGCCGCACCACUGGCCUUCCCACACUAUCGCCUUCAUUUCACAAGUGAUUGGGAUUAAUAUGCUUUUCAGUAGGACCAAGACUGUAAGCUGUUUGGAGCAGGGCUUUUGAUUGCAUUUGUUAUCACCUAGCAUCGUGUGAUCACAACCUUUUUUAAAGCCUUCAACCACUGUUGUCAUAAAAAACAAUGCCUUAUACAGCUCCUGUUAAUUGUUAAUGAGUACAACAUGUCUUGAAUUGUCGGUAUGAGAAGGUCUAUUCCCAUUAAAAGUUGAAUUACACUCCCAUUUCUCCUGCUGUAGCUGAAGCUGAAGGAAGAGUAUCUUCAUAACCCUUAGCAAGCCAAGCCUUUCUUAUUCCACACAGACUUGACUUAAGUCACAUAGACCAACUAAUAUUGCAUGCUGCUGAAUUAUGAUUUGCAGACCUAGUUUAAUUUAGACAUAGGUAUGAUCAGGAACACCAAGGUCUCAAUACUUGUUGUUUCCCAUAAUUUAAUACUGAAAUCCCUUCUGUUGCAACUGAUAAACAGCCAGGAAUGGAUAAAAGCUUUCUUAAUUCUCAUAUGAGACUAGGUUUGGUGACCUAUAUGUAGAAGGUAAGAAAGCCUGUAGUAUCUAGAAUUCACCCAUGAGUCAAUUUAGCUGCAGUCUCUACUUUCUUGUGUGAACAUCUAACAAACUAGUAUGAGACAACACCUAGGACCUCUACAUCAGACCACUGUUGGUAGGUCUGAUAAAACCCACAACUGGUAGUAAGCUCAAAAAGCUGUUGAUUUACCAUAUUAAUUUUUUGUACCUUAUGUCAACUUCUAGUGCAACCAUAUAGGGAAAAAGCAACAGGCCUAAAGAAAAUGCUACAAAACUUUUCCCCAUACAUAGAUGUGAUUUUGCUGUAGCCUUAGAUACCUUUGUAAUGUCUGCUACCUAAACUUCACAGCUCCGAAUUAGCCAGAAAAAGGGAAGAGGCAAGUUGCCUGUUGACGAGCUCUGUGUUUUACAAAAUCUUUGCAGUUUAUAACACAAGGUAUUUCUACCUUAACGUAAAUCUUAAUUAGUGCUAGGUGACCAACUACUAACCAAGCUACAGCUACGUACAAUAAACUCAAAACGGCUAUAUAACCGUAAAUAUUCGUAAGAGCAGUCACUGUGGUAUUGUAUCUACUUGAACAAAUUGAUCAACACCAUCAGAAAGCAGAUCGCUAUACUUCUACAAAGCUUAUAUUCACGUCGGGAAAAGCAGGUCCAAUAACCCCUGUCGAAAAGCUCUUGAGGUGUUGUGGGUGGCCUUGUACUGAGUAGUACAACGCACAGCAGAGUUCUCAGUCUGUCACGUCGCUCAACUCAACCCAGGUGCAUCCCUCUUCAUGGUAAAAAUGAGAAGACAGUCCCCAGCUAUGACUUAAGCUCAUUUCACUAAUGCUUGUAAAGCACUUUGAGAUGCUCUGAUAGAGGACACCACAGAAAUGCAAUCUUCCCAACUGAAAGAGGAGUCUGGAACAGCAUCCAAACCUUCAUCAAAUGGGGAACACUUUGUACUCGUGUUAUCUUUCACGCGUUAGGGAGGCAUUUUAGAGUUGUCAUUCUACAGCACAGAGGUUUGAAAAUCAUUAAAGACUGGAUAUGCAAGGCUUGAAUUUCA